AUGCUAAAAAAAUUAUUAGCCUGCAAAAAGUGCAAGGUAGAUCUGGAGCAGCUAUUACAAAAUCUAAAUACUGGUGAAGUUAAUCGAAUUGUAACAAACGAGCUUUUGGAUCGUGAGGAUGGACUAAAUGCUGUGAAUGAAAUUUUUUCUAAGAACUAUAAUGGAAUUGUCAAAACAGGUGAAGAGUCAUUGGCAGCUUUUAACGAGGCUGCCAAGGUGCUUAAAGUUAUUGUUACUGAAAAAUGGAAAAAUAUAAAGAUAAAAGAGACAUUAUGCGUUGUAAUAUGGAAAGAUGACUGUCAGAUCGAAAUGGAGCAUUUCUUCAAUUCCCAGUCCAAUAUUAUUCAAAUUAGAAAUUACAAUUACGAACCUAUAGAAAAUAGUAGCGCUGCUGAGCAGGACGUUAUCCUUGUCCCUAUCCUAUCUGGGAUCUUUGGUGGAGAUGUUAAAGAACAAUUAUUGGAAGAUGUCUUGGAGAAAUCUCCGUUCAAACUUCGUAUAUCUAUAUCCGAUAUUGGUGGGGUGGCUAGAUUUGCGUCGCUUGGGCAAUUUUUCGAAAUGCAGGAUUUCAUUCAAAGCUUCCCAAUACUCGAUGGGUGUUUCGUUCAUAGGACAACAGAUAUAGCAACCUUCCCAAAGUCAGCUCUCAGAGAACUUAUAAGACGCAUUGUUACCGGAACAUCAGUUUCUGAUGGCACUCAACUUUCAGAAACUUACCUUGAUCUUAAUCGUUAUGGGAUUUUCUGUUAUCCUCUUUUGUCAAACGGUCGAUUUUUAAUAAUGGUGCCGUAUAUCCUUUUGUGGAAAUUAAACAACAAUGUGUCAGUACUACCAUCUGACCUUCUCACCUUUCUUUGUCGAAAGUGGACCCGGCAAAAUUUUGAGAAACUGGAAUGCAAGAUUAAACCGUCAGUUGAACAAGAGGUGACUCAAUGCAUUCCGAGAACUCGGAAGUACAUUCGUAUUCUGUUAUCAACGGUCUUUCUUUGUUAUACUGGAAAUCCUGCGAUUGAUUCUCAUUCCUGCCGCAAGGGUAGGGUAAUUGCAUCAGAGGUAAUUCGCUGGUAUAAUAAAGCAAUGGAAAAAUUCGAAAAUACAGACUUUUUCCACAACAACAGCAAUUCGCUACAGACAUUGACCGCUUUAUUGAAUUCUGGUACUAAUGUGGGUAGCGACAAGCACGUUCCCCUACAUAGUACUCACAGAAAUGCAAAUAGUGAUAAUAAAAUAGUAUUAAUGACUCUACAACUCGCUUGA